UAUGAAACGUCACUCACUUCAUGUUUCUUUUUCAAUGAUUGUGAAAAGGUCCCACAAAUACAGUGCUUUGUUAUGUGUAUUCAAACAGAGAUAUUUUUGAAAUUGUUGAAUUAGUGAUUAAGGAAGAUGGCAGAUUUUGAUGCUAUAUAUCAAGAUGAGACUGAUCCUGAGGAGAAUAUUGAGGAGACGCAUGUGACAUUAGUGCCUGACCCGAUCGUUGUUCGCGGAGCUGGGAAUAUGACAGUUUUUGGUCUGAGCAACCGCUUCAACAAUGAAUUUCCUUCCGGUUUGCAAUCUCGCGUCGCCCCUGAGGAAUACCAGGCGACCAUAGCCAGAAUCAACUGUGUGCUAAAGAAAACCUUGCCGGUGAAUGUGAAGUGGCUGUUCUGUGGCUGCAUGUGCUGCUGCUGCACGCUCGGGUGCUCUCUGUGGCCUGUUAUUUGUCUUAGUAAAAGGACGCAACACUCACUCAACAAAUUAUUGGAAUGGGAAAACAGCAGGCUUUAUAAUAAAUUAGGUCUUCGUUGGCGGCUUACGAAACAGCACUGUGACUCUUCCUCCAUGAUGGAAUAUGUGCUUCUGAUAGAGUUUAUACCGAAAAUACCCAUAUACAGGCCAGACUAAAGCGCGGCAAAGUUCUUACUUGUAAAUAUAAAUAACAUAACACAUCUCAGAACUCAACACAAAACAAUCAACUUCUGAUGCAACAAAUUUCACUACAAUGUUAUGUUAUAUAUUGUAAAUAAUUACUAUGUAUCUCUACCUAAAAUGUUGUUAUAAUGUGCUUUUUGUGUAUAGAUGUCACAUUAUUAAAUUUAAAGCUUCGAUUUUUUUAAAAGCGAUGUUAUCUUAAUGUGUAAUGUAUGUAAGGUUUCGAAGAAACAUUAGUUUACAAUGUUUACCCUGUAAACUGAGGCGGAUGAGGCUACCUUCUUUUUAUACCUUCCAUUCAAAGUUACACUCAUAUAUUCGACACAUUGAUUUCUUUAAACAUUACUUCAGAUAUAUCUAUCUGACAGUUUAUGUGAAUGCUUUCAAAGCUGCCCCAAUAUACACGCAAUGAAGUUUACUUAAUUAGAUGUGAGCACGGAAAUGGUUCGCUUCGUUUUAUGGUACUAUAAUGUAACUAUACAUUUACAAUGCCUCUAAUAAUCCGAAUUUCACGAACAAUAUCGAAAACGAUUAUAUUUUUAUGUACCUGAGUGUCAGCGCGGACGCAGUGAACACACGUAAUGUAGAACACAUAGCAAAGUUUUAAUUUGAUAACCAAUCACCAUAAUAAUGUUAGGAAAAUUAACGGGACUGUGUUAUUAGACAAGUAAUUGUUUAUAGUAGAUACUCUAUAUGAAAGGAUUUUACCCUUUCUUCCCUUUUCAACGUGUUGUGACUUCGACGAAAGCGUAUCUAUUUGUAUAUUUGAAAAUUGGCUUUAAAAUUAAAAUAUAUAUGUAUGUAUACGUAUUGGUGAAAAUUCUAAGAUUUCUUGCCAUACCUUUUUAUUUUUUAUGGAGCAACGGUUGAAAAGCGGACAGGGUAUGUUGAUGUUAAGUCGUAAUUAAGUGAAUGUAAAUAUUUUAAGUACCUACAUAAUAUAGAUUAUUUUUGUUCAAAUAAUAAAUCUCACAAUGUGAAAGGCC